CACACUUCUAUGUUAUCCUCCAGCAAGGCACACAUCACCUCGCUCCACCCUGCCCUCAAAACACUGCCCAAUAGUUGUAUUUUUUUUUUUUUAGCUGGUAGAAAAGCUUGGGUGAGCCAAGAGGGAAAGGUGCCAACUUGUUAAACUUGGCUCGUUUUAACUUUGUGUGGAGUGCAGUUGCCGUCCAAGAGUGAAAGGAAAGCAGUGCGCAAUGAAGCAAAAAUAUUCCACAAUGGUGGACUACUACAAAAUUCUGGAGGUGAGCCGGAAUGCCUCUAUAGCAGAGAUAAAGAAAGCUUACAGACGUUUGGCAUUAAAGUGGCAUCCAGACAAGAACCCUGAUAACCAGGAUGAUGCUACAAAAAAAUUUAAGGAAAUAUCAGAAGCAUACGAGGUACUCAGUGAUGAAAAGAAGAGAAAGAUUUAUGACCAGUUUGGUAAAGAAGGUCUUCAAACGGGUAGUGGUCCAGGGCCUACUAGGCCACGUUCAUCUCGAUCAGCAAGACAUCACUACCGAUUUGAAGAUGACUUUGACUAUACGUUCCCUACAUUCACAUUCAGAGAUCCUGAAGAAGUGUUCCGUGAAUUCUUUGGAGGUGAUCCUUUUGCGGAAUUGUUCAAUUUUGAUCCAUUUGAUCCACUUGGGCAUAAUGCUAACCGUCGUCGUCGGCAAGGUAGGCAACGAGGAAGCCCUCAACAAGGAGCAUCAGCACAACAUGUCAGUAACCAGAAUUCCAUCAGCAGUCAUUUCUUUUCUCCUUUUGGUCCAUUGUUUGGUCCACCCAUGUUCUCACCAUUCUCAGGUCUUGAAGGAAUUGAGGGAGGUGGCAGCUUUACUUCUUUCUCAUCUCACGCAUUCAGUAUGGGAGGCCCUGGUGUGAAGCGUUCAUCCACUUCGACCAAAUUUGUCAAUGGGAAGAAAAUUACAACAAAGAAGGUAUCUGAAGGAGGCCAAGAAACAGUCAUGACCUUUGAAAACGAUGUUCUUAAAUCUAAAACAGUAAAUGGUGUACCACAAGCUUUACAGUAUUAGGAUGAAAGCCUGCUAUGCCGAAGACCAUGAGAAGUGAGAACUCUUGUAUUGUACCAGAUCUUAAUGACUGGAAAUCUUCUAAUUCUUGAUGAAUGAUUGGAAAUAUGCUGAUCUUUAAUGAGAGAUUACAGUAAUACUGUUUUGCUGACUGAGCCUAACUACUUUUGUUCUUUGUAUGGAUGCUUACUUUGUUUAUAGGUGAGUCUAUUAAGAAUGGUGAAAGAAUGUGACUUGUAUGUCCUCUUAAGUUAUUUUUCUCCCCUCUCCGCAGAUGUUAAACAAACAUCCUAUUACAACUUUUGUGAACAGUGGGUAUUGUGUAGUUUUGUCAAGUUGUACUUUGAAGAAGGGGGUUUAGCAAGGAGUUAUGUAUACUUACCAGUAUUUUUUUUUCUUACACAAGUUGAGUAAUUGGUGGAAGGAUAUGGUGGUAGAUCAGUUUGCCAUUGUUUUUAUAGGAAGAGUUUUUAACUGCUCUUUUGAAACCCAGUCAAGCUAUCCUGGAAUGAUUUUUCUAAAUUAUUAUUCCAAGUUCAGAUACAUGAUUUUUAUUGAGUAUUUUCUAAAGGUAUUGUGUGCAGCCACGCUAAGAUUUUCGAAGUACAGUACUGUAUAACAAAAUUUUGAUUGGAUUCUCAAUUUUUUCUUUAUAAUUUAUUAAAAUGUUGCUUCUUCGUAUAACGUGAAAAAUUAUUUUCUUUAAUGGACAAGGUGAUUUUUAAUGCUUAUUCAUAUUUCUUAGUGAUUUCAUUUUGUUGAUUAGAAAUGUGGGAUAUUGGUUAGAGCAUUGCAGGAUGCUUGAAUUGUGAAACACAAGUUUUUAAUGUAGUUGCAAUAUAUGAAGUCUUGGUAUUAGUUUUGCACAUAUGUGUAAUCCAUAUUCUUUUGCUCAGGAGGAGCAUUUCAUUUCACUUGUGAUCCAUUUUGUUAGUAUUCUACAAGAAAGAUAAUAUUAGUCAUAUCACUAGCUUCUCCUCAGUAGGCAUAAGAUUUGAGUCGGUGUUCAAGCUAGUGGUAAGAUGGUUGAGUUCAGACAAAAUGAAUACUCUUGAUCACUUUUGUACAAGGUAAAAGGAUUGUGUUCUGCCCAAAUGAGAAUGGUAAAAUUACUAAUUUUGUGGGACCGAGCACUCUUGGAUGUCGGUGUACUUUGUUGGGAGCCAUCUUAUUUGAGAUGGAAAAUGGGUAAUUGGUCACUUUUUUUAUAUAUAUAAUUUUUUUUUUUUUUUUACAUUAUGUAUUGAGGAAUAAAAAUGUACAUUCCUCUACUAAAUUGAAGUUCAGUCUUCUUGGAUGUUAAUGCAGUACCUUAUGAUAAAGUUCAAAUUGGGCUGUAAAUGUGAAAUUAACUCAGGCCAAGUUUUUUCAUGUUUGAGUACUAGCUUGCCUUCAUCACUAAAUAAUAUGCAAAGAUCAGAAUCCUUUUGGGAAAGAUUGUGCCUUUAAGCUUGAACAUUAUUUAAUGCUAAUUUUCGUUGAACAGCAAUGCUUUAAGUGUUUAGCAGCUCGUAAUUAUUUGUUCUUGAAUACUUGUGUAUUGAUGGAUUGUGAAAAUAUAUAUAAUUGUGGCAAUUUUUAUGAUUUAAGAGAUGAACGUUGGAUGUUUUGAGAGAACAGUCUUGUAUUAUUUUAUUACAUCUUCUGUUCAGAUCAAUGUAGAUUUAUUAAUAUUAAUGGACAUUUGUGCCAUUUAUAUUAAUAGCUUUUUUUCUUUUUCUUUUCUUUUCAAAAUGUGAUAUUGGCAUUCUGAUCUCAUUGCAUAUUGUCUAGAACCAUGGCUUGGAGCAUACUGUCUAAUGUGUUAUAAAUUCUGAGACUUCUGAGACUGCAGUGUCAGUCUCAGUGAAUGAGCAUUGCACUUGCCAAAGAUAAAGAAUUUUUAUUGCUUAUGCCAUUUGUAUCAAAAUUUUAAAUGCCUAGUUUAUAAAAUUAAUUUAAGUUUACCAAUUUUUUUUUCUUUUGCCUUUUACAUUAGCAGUAGUGAGGCGUAAGUAACAUUCUUCAGUGACCUGAACUGGUGGUGAUGGCAGCACUAGUGUAAGCAGGCAAUGAUGUUAUUGAUUUUGGAGGCAUAAGUGUUACACAAAACUUUUUUUUGUUUAAUAUUUACUGUAAGAUGUUUCCAGUUCGCAUUUUUUUGCAAGGGAAAUUCUCAGCGGCAGGCUUGGCCUACUUUUCAGGUGAACAGCUGUUUAAGCUUAUUUACUCGAACCAGUUAGUGAAAACUGCAAAAAUACUUCUUGAUUUGUAGAUUCCUGUGGUGUACAGCAUUUUUUUUUUUUUUAUACCUUGGAGCAAGUUAACACUUUGCACCAAUUAUAUUAAAUAUAUAUACAGUAUGUGUGUGUAUAUAUAUAUAUACAUACCUACAUACAUCAGAAUCCAUUUAUUUGUUAAUGGUGAAGUUGUGUACAGCAUGUAUUUGAUGUGUAAUUUAUCAUGGUAUAUAAUUUUUCCUGACUUAAAAUAUUUUGUUAUACUGUAUUUGUGAAUGACACUCUGCCAUUAAUUAUACUAAUAAUGUACUUAAUGCCAGACUAACACUCGUAAUAUAUUCUGGUGUCAUUACAUGCUUUGAUAAUAAGAGAGGUACUUUAGAUUACAUUGUAAUGAAAUGCCAAGCAAUUCCAGAAUAGCUCUUUGAAGCGAUUAGCCAACAAUUGGCAAGAGGGCAGAAAAUAUCUGUAUCUUGUGUAUGACUAAUGCAAGUCUAUUAGUCACGUGUAAGAAACACUUUAAUAUGAUACUAAUGCAUAUCCAUUUUAUCGGAAGUGAAUUGAAAGUUUUAUUAUUUUUUAGCAACUUUCCAUUCAAAUGGAAAUUGGCUACAAAAAUAAAGAAGCUUCAAGAGUUGGAUUUAAGGCUGUUACUGAUGAGCACAAUUUAUAUUGCAUUAGCAAGGUAUCCAAAGGUAACUUUAAAAUGUUAAAGAUAGCUUAACCUUGCUUUGAUUGUAUAUGUAAUAUUUAUGUAAACUAUGAAUAAUAAAGUGUUUAUAAACUUUA